UGGUGGGGUGGCACCGUUAUGCAUUACAAUUAAGGUUAUGUUAUCUUGUGGAAUAUGGACAUCCUAUUUUGAAGAGUUUAUUUAUGCCAAAGAAGAAUAAUUAAGCAGUGAAUAAUUUUUAAGCGAUGGCUAAUACAAAUACCGACCUUACAGAAGAAGAUGCAGCAGAUUUACAGUUUCCAAAGGUGGAUGACCUCUCAUCAACCACAAUGUUGUCUAAUUUUUGUAGCAAUAAAUAUGUGGAAAACAGUGAAACAACAAAUUACUGCGCUAAUUGUUUUAGUGAAUUAGUGUAUCCAUAUAUAUUAUGUGAAAAGUGUGAUAUUAAUAUUUGUUGCACAUGUUUCUCUAACGGUGCUGAAUUUCUGAAGCAUAAAAAUGAUCAUGAUUACAGAGUUUUGAAUACUAAGUUCAUACUUUUUGAUAAUUCUGACUGGACGGCCGAUGAAGAACUCACAUUACUCGAAUCACUUGUCGCUUAUGGUAAUUGGAAUUUAGUAGCUCAAGAAUUACCAAAAAGAAAUGUAAAUGAAAUUAUAGACCAUUAUGAUUACUUUUAUUUACAGAGAAAUGGAUCUCAGUUUUUACCUGAAAUAAAAUCACCUGCCGCUGCAACAUUUCCUCAGAUAGUGGUGCCUUUUAGAUUUCGAUUAAGUGAUAGUGAAGAUCCUCCUCGAUAUGCGCCAAACACUGUUGGAUACCAAUCACUAGCUGGUUAUAACCCAGCACGAUCAGAAUUUGAAAAUGAAUAUGACAAAAAUGCAGAAGAUAUACUUUCAAAAGCCGAAAUGGUGGACAGAAAUGAUCCCCAUUAUGAAUUUUUGACAAAACUUCAGUGUUCAUUGGUAGAAAGUUAUAAUAGAAGAUUAAGGGAAAGGCAACGGUGGAAAAAUGUUAUUAGUAGACAUGGUUUGUUAUUACUGAGGAAAACUAUGUCAUGGUUACAUAGAUACGAUUUAACUCUCACGAGACCGGUGUAUGAAAAGUUACUGAGAUUUAUGCAAUUAUGUGAACCUGUAAGAUUCGAUUCAUUAAUGGAAGGACUGCAUAGAGUUGGAGAACUUAAACUGCAAAUUUCAAGACUAAUACAACUCAGGAAAAAAGGUAUAACAACAUUAGCAGAAGGAAAACUAUAUUUAAAACUUAAUCAAAUUCGUGAAGAAAACCGAAAGGCACUGAAAAUUUUUAGAUCUAAUGUUCAUUUUAACUGGAGGCAUUGCAAAAAUGCAAACAUUGUUAUGCCAAAAGUAAAUCGAAGGUCGACCUUUGCACCACUGGAAAUUAUUGGAAUGCCUGGAUAUGAAAAACUUACAGACAAGGAAGCAGAUUUGUGUAGAAAUAUAAGAUUGGUUCCUAUCACAUAUUUGGAACUUAAGGAAGUUCUGAUAGCUGAAUAUAAGAAGAUGGGUCAUGUAAAACUGCAAACGGCUAGGAGGCUAUUGAAAAUCGAUGUGAAUAAAACAAGAAAACUGUAUGACUUUUUAAUAGAGGAAGGAUAUAUUACUAAACCAAAAUAAAUUAGAAAAUGUAUCUGUGAUAUAUAUUAGUGAUAUAUAUUUUUCCAAGUGAAAAUUUGUGUGCUGUUUGUAAAAUAGUAACAUUUUUGAAAACCAAUAGAAAAU